GUAGAAACGAGAAACGCAAGUAGCAGCAAACACUGUUAGAUCGAAGACGGCCGGCAGGACAGCGAAAACCAAUUAAACGAGGCAGAGAGCUCCAUGGACGACACUCAAGAGGUAGAGCUAGCUACGCAGGAGUCGGGGCAGCAGCUGGCUAUGGCUACCGAAGCUGCAGUUUCAGGGAAUGCACCGGAGCAGGAUGGCGCCGAUUCAUCUGGGAUAACAGCGUUGCCGAGCGGAUCUAGAGAUGAAGAAGAUCAAAUCAUUCCAGAAGCACUGCCGGACGACGAGUAUAAUCCCCUGAUAACAGAGAUCCUAAGAGUUCUUCCGGCCAACCCGUUGGGCACUGGCGUUGCGUGCCUGAUUUCGGAUGCCGGCGGCGGCAAGUAUUACGGAGCAGACAAGGUCCGUAUCGGGCCGUUCCAGCGGCAGGAUCCAGCCAUACAAUCAGCUGACAGGAUGGAGCAGGAGAAGAAGCGCGUGCUCCGCGGCCUGCUGAUCACCAGCAACGACAACGAAGAAGAUGAAGCAGGCCGGCGUGAGCAGCUGAGGAGCCACCUGGAAGCCAUGGGAGUCAUGGAGCCCGCUGCACGGCUGUGCUACGACGGGACCUACAGGUCGAUGACGAGAAUGGACUUCACUGGCAUGCUGCUGCUGGACGGGUUCUUCCUCUACUCGCGCUUCGUCUCCGGCAGCAUCGACGACAUCAUCGUCGACCGCGACAUCAUGUUCCUCCUGGAGAACCAGAUACCUUUCUUCGUCCUGGACAAGAUCCACCAGCUGCUAACCGGACCUUUCGAUGAAUGUUCCAGUCAUUUCGUCCUUGAUAAGGUCGCCGAGCGCGUCCAACGAGUGCUCCAGCACAAUAAGUACAUCGCAACCACCAACGUUCAUGUACAAUCGCCUGGCGAAGAUCGUCCAUGCCAUCUUCUCCACCUGCUCUACAUGUACUUCACACCUGCCGCCAUCCUCGGCUCAGAUAUUUUAAUUGACAUCCAAGUGAAUAGUGCACCCGUGCCCGAGAUUCGUCGUUGGCGCCGGGCGACAGAGUACUACGCCGCCGGCGUGGGGUUGGUCAAGCGGGAGCUCCACGACGACGGGGCGCGCUCCAUCCUGGACGUGGAUCUCAUAAAAGACCAGCUCCACAUCCCUCGCCUCAUCAUCAACAGCAACACCUUCCGGAUGCUACGCAACAUGGUGGCCCUGGAGCACAAGAGCCUGCACCAGACGUGUCGGAGUUCCCACGUCACGGAUUACUGCCUCUUCCUGUCGCAGAUCGCCGGCACGGAGGAGGACGUGGAGCUGCUCGUCUCCAAGGGCAUCAUCAUCCACCUGCUUCACAGCAACCACGACGUCGCCCAAGGGCUCGCGGGGCUCUACGACGACCACGACUACGACCUGAACCUCAGCUACCUCAGCUCCAAGAAUGAUGCGCUCGACAAGCUCGUAAAGAGCACCUGGAGGAGGUCCAAGGCGUGGCUGCGGUUAAACCCUUUGAAGGCUCUGCUGGGUGUCCUGGUUGCUCCUGUCGUCAGCGUAGCCACCGUGCUCCAAUUGGCUUUUGCUGGACUCAGCUACCGCAGAGGCCAUUAAGUAGUAGCUAGUACCGCCAUAGAUAAGCUUCAUCGAUCAUUGCAAUAUCCUUGAUUAAUUUUCAAGUAAAUUCCAUUUUUUA